AUGGCAGUGAUAGGGAUGCUAUUUGCCAACGUGUCAGGCUCUUUGGAUGACCAAGGAAUAUGCCAGUGCUCUGUGUACCUGCCAGAUACUACAUUUCCUGUGCAGAAGGUUGAAAAAUUGGAAAUCAUAGCCCAAACCCUGUCACAGAAAUUUGACAGUGAACUGUCUAAAGUUACACAGUACAUAAAAGCAAUGGAGGUGUAUGAACAAAAAAUCCAAAAUCUAACUAUAAGGGUGGAACUUAUGGAGAAGACAAGUGGUACCUAUACUGAAUUGGACUUCCAGUUACUGAAAGUUGAAAUCAAAGAAAUGGAGAAACUAAUUAUUCAGUUAAAAUCGACACUUGUUGGAAGUAAUGUGAUCGUUGAACAACUAUAUGUGGAGAUCAAGAAUCUGACUAUGAUAGUAAAUGAUCUUGAAUUAAUGGACAAAAACAAUGUCCUUGCAAUUCGUCGACAAAUUGUAAAUCUGCAGAAUCAGCUGAAGGCAUGUGAAGAGAACAGCAGUAAGACCACAGAACCACCCUAUUUUGCACCAGGUAGCUGUUCUCAUGGUGGAAUCCUCAAUAUCACCAGGCCCUAUAUUAUACAGCUGAACUGGAGAGGAUUUUCCUUCAAGUAUGGUGCCUGGGGAAGGGAUUAUUCUCCUCUUACCCCUGAGAAAGCCAUGUACUGGGUUGCACCUUUGAACACUGAGGGAAGAUACUUAGAAUAUUAUAGACUUUAUAAUUCCUAUGAUGACCUGUUGUUAUACAAAAAUCCUAGAGAGUACCGAGUGACGUAUGGAGAAGGUAGUGGCACUACAGUUUACAAUAAUUUCAUGUAUUUUAAUGUUUAUAGUACAAGAGACAUAGCCAAACUUGAUUUAAAUAAGAACACUGUAGUUUUGAGGAAAGCUCUGCCAGAUGCAGUUUAUGGUAACCGUUUCUCUUAUGCUGGUGUAGCGUGGCAAGAUAUGGACUUCACUGUGGAUGAAAAUGGAUUGUGGGUAAUUUAUUCAACUGAGGCCAGCACUGGUAACAUUGUGAUUAGCAAACUUAAUGAGACCUCACUUGAUGUGCUAAAUACUUGGGAGACAAAACAGUACAAACCAGCUGUUUCCAAUGCCUUCAUCAUAUGUGGUGUUCUAUAUGCCACAAGAACUAUGAACACCAGGACAGAAGAAAUCUUUUAUACUUAUGACACAAACACUGGACGGGAAAGUCAAAUCAGCAUCAUUAUGGAUAAAAUGUUAGAAACAGUCCAAAGUAUCAAUUACAACCCCAGUGACCAAAAGCUUUAUGUUUAUAAUGAUGGCUACCUUGUUACAUACAAUCUGAUCUUUCAACCUGUAUUACAGUAAUAUGAGUACAGGGUCUUCAUAAAGUCUUUGUGCACUUUUAAACUUUAAUAACUUAGGUUGUGCACAAGGACUUUAUGAAGACCCUGUUUAUAGAAGAGUUGGACCAUUACAGGUGUGAUAGUCCUCAGAACAAUAUUAAUGCUAAUUUUAGGUUUGUGCUAAUGAGCACUAAAUAUUAGGCAUGGGGCUUAGUAUGACAAAUGAUUCCACUGAACAGAUUACUUAUAAUAAUGCUAUAUCUGGGAACUGCUGUUUGCAAGAUGAGGUUAUUCAAGUUUUAAUUGGUGCUUUAAUACAAUGUUGAUAGGUGAAUGCCUAAUUUGGUGUAACACAGAGAUUGAAACUGCAUUUUAUCCUCAUUGUUCAAAAUAUGGAAGAUAAAGAAUUUCCAUCUAUAUAUGUAUUGAACAUUGGUCCCACAUACUGCUAAAUGAUUAAAGUUAGAAGAUAAUUAGGACUUGAUCCAUGAAGAGAUCCCAUUGAUUAAACUGAAGUACUAGAAAAGACAUUGCAAAGGAAUGGUUCACAGAUUCACAGAAAUUCUUGCAAUCUGCUAAGGUAUUUAGACAGCAGGACUACUCUACACCACUUUCUUAAAAGUUGCACUCCAGAAAGCAUCUACACAUAUUAACAGCCUUAGAUAGUUACUUGUUCUCAGCACUAUGUUCUUGGGGCCUGAUCCAAAGCUAACUGAUACAAUGGACAUGUUUCCAUUGACCUCCAUGGUCUAUACGUGAGGUCCUUGAUGCAUGCCAUAUGUUGCACUAGAACAGAACCAAUGUUAUCUGCAUGCUUUCAUUCAGCUUUUUUUGGUGUUGUGUAAUUAGAUUAAUCUGAACUCAGUUAUCCUGGAGUUAAAUUCAUCCUUGGUGCAACUCCAUUAGCAUCAGUGAAAGAACCUAGCCUAUGGUAUUUACAUCCCAUAAUUCUGGAUGCUUACUUUACUUUUAUUUACCUUUUCUAAUUUUAUUUGCCAAUAUCUGACCCUUAAUCAUGUCAGAAAAUAUGAAAUAAGGUGCUGCCCAGCUACAAAAAUGCUAUGAAUGUUGUAUUUCUUGUAUUACAU